AUGGCCCAAUCCCCUUUUGAUACCCCGUUUGACCAGCUUCCGAAUCCAAAACAGGUUUGGUUAGGAAAGCCAGGUAGCUAUGAGGAGGGAUUGGGAAAGCUAGCGAUCCUUACCCCUGAAGUCGUCGCCGCGGCUUCUGCCAGCGAGAUCAGAUGUGGUCGACGUGUGACGAUGGGAUGGGAGAUGACGAAAUUGGAUUAUCCUAAUCUCAACCGUCAGCCAUGCCAUCAUGAAAUUGUUCCUCUUCUAGGGGGUGUGGCAUUCGACGAUAUCUAUACUAUGAACCCACAGCAAAGUAGCCAGUGGGAUGGCCUCCGCCAUUUUUCUCAGACAGUGCCUGGUAAAUCUGAGCGUUUGUUCUAUGGUGGAACAACCAGCGAAGAAAUCAAUGAUCGCCAAAAUGAUCGAAUUGGUCUUCAGCAUUGGGCCCGAGAGGGCAUUGCAGGUACUCAUCCCCUUCACAUGAAUUCCCUGACACCAUCUCACGCAAUACCAAUAGGACGUGGGGUCUUGAUCGACUAUGCAACAUGGGCCGAGAAAAAGGGGAUCAAAUACACCACGUUUUCGACCCACCAAGUGCGGUUCACUGAUAUUCUCGAGAUUGCCAAGGAGAAUAACAUCACAUUCCAGAAGGGUGAUAUCCUUUUCGUCCGUGUAGGAGUGACCAAGGAGUGGGACACGUCCAUGACAGACGACCAAAAACAAGCAUAUGCGGAUAAUCCCAGCCCAGAGCAUGCUGGAGUUGAGGCGACCACAGAAGUUCUCCGCUGGCUGUGGGACACCGGAUUUGCCGCCAUCGCUGGUGAUGCAAUCAGUUGGGAGGUCUACCCGCCACAAUCUCCUGACAUCUUCCUCCAUGAGUAUGUGCUUGCUGGAUGGGGGAUGCCGAUCGGGGAGCUAUUCGAUCUUGAGGCACUGGCACGCACCUGCCAGGAACUCCAGCGGUGGAGUUUUUUCGUGGCAUCCGUGCCUUUGAACAUGCCCGGUGGAGUAUCCUCGCCUCCGAAUGUGAUGGCUAUUUUUUAG